AUGCCUCUAUAUGCAAAAUUCUUGAAAGACCUCAUCAACAAAAAGAGAAGUUGGCAUGAGAAGAAAACCAUUAUGCUCACUGAAGAAUGCAGUACUGUGAUUCAAAGGGGCCUCCCACUAAAGCUCAAGGACCCUAGGAGCUUCUUCGUGCCUUGUACCAUUGGUAGUCUAACCAUUGAUAAGGCACUAUGUGACUUAGGAGCAAGCAUAAAUCUAAUUCCAUAUUCUAUGAUAAGAAGGCUAUGCAUAGAGGAAGUAAAUCCCACACAAAUGUCACUAGAGCUCAUGGACAAAUCAUUGGUAUCUCCCAGAGGAGUGAUUGAAAAUCUCCUGGUUCAAGUAGGGGCAUUCAUAUUCCCAGCAGACUUUGUGAUCCUGGAUCUGGGAGAAGAAGGAAGUGACUCUAUUAUCUUGGGAAGACCCUUCUUAGCCACAGCAAGGGCCAUCAUAGAUGUUGAACAAGGAGAGCUGACCCUAAGGGUACAUGAUGAAAGCAUUACUCUGAAUGUCUUUCCAGAAGCACAGCAUAAUGAUGAAAAGGAAAAAUGCAUGGAGGUUGGCAAAGAAGACUUGCAGUGGAAGGAAGAAACCAACAAGACACUCAUUAAUCCUCUUCCAGAGCAAGAAACAAAAAGCAAAGUAGGACAAAAAGAGACUGAGACUCUAAAGAAUGAUGAGAAAAAGCAAGAAGGAAGUGAGGUGUUAGCCACUAAGAAGGCAGAUUCCAAAACAUAG